ACAUAAAUGAUUUUCAGCCUUUUGCAUGCAAGGCCGUCUAUAUUUGGGAUCAGUGUUUUUAUAUACCUUGUUUGGGAUAGUUCUCUAUAUACCGUGUUUGGGAUGUAACUCUAUCUUGAGAUGAUUUCGUUGUUUUCUGUUAAAAAAUAUUUGUGGUAAUGUGCAUCAAAUGCAAAUGCUUGGUUCCUAAUUAGUUCUGUUAGCUUGCGCAUACAAGCUGAAGCGGAUUGGGAUUGUCAGGCUGCUCAGGAGUGUUUCAUCAUUCUACCCUAAUAUUUUGGUUUCGUAUUUUUUCGAGCAUUCUGAUUCAUAAAACAAAUAUCAUCUAUCAAGAUGCUGAGGAACAUUGGCAGGACUUUUCUGCCUGCAGCCUGUCGACUUGCAGUGAAUUCUACAGCCCCAUCAAAUGCACCUCACAGACAGAUCUACAGAAGCUUUCACACUGGAGGUCGGCUGCUGGCCCGGUUUGGUAAGCGACCAGUCGAGCCAUCCACAUCGCAGAAUACCUUCACCUGGGGCAAAUUCGCACAUGCCACUGCCUUCACUGUGGUGGGCGCCGGCUCGUUUUUCGCCGGCUGCGUGAUCUGGGAGUAUGAGGAGGUACGAGCCGUGAUGAGGAGACACAUGGAGCGAGGCCCGCUCUGGGCGCGCAGACCCUUCGAGCCAGGAGAUAAAUGGGGCGAGUGGCGCGCGCAGCUGUCGCUCUGGUGGGCGUCCCAGACGGAGGGACAGAAGGUGUUCUGGCCCAUCUGCUUCGUGAACGUGCUCGUGUUCGGCGCCUGGAAGAUCCCCAGUCUGGCGCCCACCAUGCUACGCUAUUUCGCAUCGAGCCCAGCGUCCCGAGGGUUCCGUCUUCCGAUGCUGCUCUCGGGGUUCAGCCACUACUCGUUCAUCCACCUGGCAGUCAACAUGUUCGUGCUGCACAGCUUCUCCACCAGCGCCGUGAUUCUGCUGGGGAAGGAACAGUUCCUGGGCCUGUACCUGAGCGGAGCGCUCACCUCGUCCCUCGCCAGCUACCUCUACAAGAUGUUCGUCUUCAGCCCGGCCGUCUCCCUUGGCGCGUCGGGCGCCAUCAUGGCCAUUCUGGGGUACGUCUGUACCGAGUCACCCGACUCUCGGCUGGCCAUCGUGCUGCUGCCCAUGCUGACAUUCACUGCCGGUACCGCCAUCAAGGCGCUGGUGGCUUUCGACGUGCUGGGUGCCGCGCUUCGGUGGCAGCUGUUUGAUCAUGCCGCGCAUCUGGGAGGCACACUGUUCGGAAUCUACUGGGCAAUGCACGGCCGGCAACACAUCUGGGAGAAGCGCGAGCCGUUGAUACGCUGGUACCACAAUCUCCGAGAGGCCGGAAAGCGGCGGUGACCUGGCGUCGGACUCCAGCUCGAACCUUCAUCGGACGUCAUCAGGACGUCAUGGGGACGUCAUCGAGCGUCAUCAGACCGUCAUCAGGCCGUCACCGCCAGUGAGUCACCGUGUGCGGCGGUGACGGCCCCUUCAAGUUAGAAGACACCGUCUGAUGAUAGUUUGCCCAAGUGUUCCUUGCCCGUCACGCUUUGCCUGACGGACCGGCUUAGACGCUUCACUUAAGUCGGCUGCAGGCCGGACGAACCAGACGGACGUAUGGCCUACAGCGGGGGAGGGGUAACGUGGCUUUGUGCGCCACGUGUUUUUAUCAAACGUUGUGCAUCUGUUGCAAUGUUUGCAUAUGCGUGCAGAUGUUUGGAGAAAGGAAGGCAGUCCUGAGGCGUGCGGGUCGUGUGUGUUUGUGCGCUGAGUCGAGGCGAGUUACGUCGAGUCGAAAAGUGUCAUUUCACUGGACCGUGAAUAUUUAUAGCGAUACCAUAAAGCUAUGAUGAUUGAAUGUGGAGUGUAUUUUGUGAUUUUCGUAAUAUAACGUGCAAUCACAUCGGAAGCCAACGUCAAA